UCGGAUACCUUGGUGGUUGGAGCGCGCGAGGGUGGGGCGGUGCUGAAACUGAGACCGUGGUGACCUUGUGUUUGCUGGGAGCGCAGUCAGCUUCGCGCUGUUCUGUCGCAGAGUCACCACUUAGAGGAGACAUCGUAAGGAAUUAAUCUUAUUACCAGUGGCAUUUAAAUAUUUGUGUAAAGAAGAUUGCAACAGCAGUUUUGAUUCAUGGAACUUCAAAGGAAGCAGAGAAGAUAGGAUUUGCAAAAGGUGUGGUUUGGGCAAAUCUGAAGACUACCAUUUUGUGAACUUGCAAACAGAAGACCUGUGUGAAAUGUGGUGGUUCCAGCAAGGCCUUAGUUUCCUUCCUUCAGUCCUUGUAAUUUGGACAUCAGCUGCUUUCACAUUUUCAUACAUUACGGCAAUAUCACUCCACCAUGUAGACCCUGCUUUGCCUUAUAUCAGUGACACUGGUACAGUAGCUCCAGAAAAAUGCUUGUUUGGGGCAAUGCUGAAUGUUGCUGCAGUUUUAUGCAUUGCUACCAUUUAUGUUCGUUAUAAGCAAGUUCAUGCUCUGAAUCCUGAAGAGAACCUUAUCAUCAAAUUAAACAAGGCUGGCUUUGUACUUGGAAUACUGAGUUGUUUAGGACUUACUAUUGUGGCAAACUUCCAGAAAACAGCCCUUUUUGCUGCACAUGUAAGUGGAGGUGUGCUCACCUUUGGUAUGGGUUCAUUAUAUAUGUUUGUUCAGACCAUCCUUUCCUACAAAAUGCAACCCAAAAUUCAUGGCAAACAAGUCUUCUGGAUCAGACUACUGUUGGUUAUCUGGUGUGGAGUAAGUGCACUUACUAUGCUGACUUUCUCAUCAAUUUUGUACAGUGGCAAUUUCGGGGCUGAUAUAGUACAGAAACUCCACUGGAACCCUGAGGACAAAGGUUAUGUUAUUCACAUGAUUACUACGGCAGCAGAAUGGUCUAUGUCACUUUCCUUCAUUGGUUUUUUCCUGACUUACAUUCGUGAUUUUCAGAAAAUUUCUUUACGGGUGGAAGCCAAUUUACAUGGAUUGACCCUCUAUGACACUGCACCUUGCUCUAUUAACAAUGAACGAACACGACUACUUUCCAGAGAUUUUUGAUGAGAGGAUAAGAUAUUUCUGUAAUAAUUAUGAUUCUCAGGGAUUGGGAAAAGUUUCACAACAUUUGCUUAUUCUGCUCUGAAAUUUUCAACUAAUUAAUCAAAGCUGACUAAUAUUAAUCAGGAAACAUGAAAUAAGCCAUUUGAUUUAUUUUAAAGAAUAUCAUCAACCUACAUUUUUAUCCAAGAGAACAAAACCAAAGGACUGUGAAAUUGUAGUUUUUUCUACUUUUAAGAGAAACAACCUGAAGUGCACAACCGAACCUUUCAUAUUUUGUAAAUCAUUUUAAAGCAUGCUUUGUUGAGAGCACUUUUAUGAGAGACAUUUUCCAUGACUCCAAAUAAUCAGCAUUGGGCAGUAAAUCUUUUAGAAUCAGGUUUUGAAGUAAGAGUUUAAUAUAUUUCUUACAGUCUUAAAAAAUUUAUUUUUGUUCUGGAAUCUACUUAUAAAGGGAAGCAGACUUUGAUUCAUGUAAGUUUUCUCCUGGUUUAAGCUUUGCCCACAAUUCUGUAUGUAUUUUUUUUUCUAGCCACAAGGUCAGAUACUAUGCUAAUUGAUCUGUCACAGAUGCUUGCAUGGUUUCAUGAAUCUUAGUGUCUGGUAUGAGGUUUUAAUCACCAGUGGAGAAAAGAGGUACUUAUAGGUAAAUUUGCUCCAAUCGUAUUUUAUAUAAAACAAGGGUAUUCAUACUUAAGGCUGAUAAGUUUGUGAAUAACAGCAAUUCUGAUUAAUAUCAAACAAAAGUCACCCCAACUGCAAUCAAGAUUUUCAUUUGUAGCAAAUUGUAGUUACUUGUAAAAGUUGUGUUGAACAGGUAAAUAUUGGGUCUUUUUAAUGGGCUAUAACCUUUGUAUAGUCUGAAUUUUAAAGAGCAAAACCAAAAAUCUAAUAAAAACUAGAUACAAAAUAAUUGUGAUACGUGCAUUUACCAAAACAAUUUUCUCUUUUUUUUCUGCUCUUGCAAGUAAUUGAAUGGGUUCUGUGCAGAUAAAGAAUAAUUUACAGACCCAUGAUGCAAUUAAAAAGAGAAAAAUGUCCAUCUGGAAAGUGCCCAGUGGCAAACUGAUUUGCAAAAUAAUCUUUGAAGAAAAUUAAAAAGGCUUAUCUUUUAGAAGAGAUGACUUCAUGACCAGGUGAAAAGGUGGUGAGAAAAAGUGUCAAAUGUGUGAUGGAGCAGUUUAUUGAAAGAUGCUUAUAUGAUAGAGACCUUGAUUAUGUAUAAGUUGCAAGACAUAGGACUGAGUAAAUAUUAUUUUUGAAGACUUCUGGACUAAUAAGACAGAAAGUGAAAUAAAAUACCAUACCUGUA